AUGGCGUUUCCAAAUCAACUUCUCAUCUGUUCAGCUAUUAAAGUAUUGAUAGUUGUGAGUUUUAAGAUUACUGUACUUGAGUAUCCUUCAACGUACUACUGUAGAGGCGGUUGA